UUCGGCGCCUACCGCUGCCGGGCCUGCGCGCCGGCGCGCUACCGCGAGGCCUUCCGGUGCUACUGCGACCCGGACGUCGCGUCCUUCGACGACGACGGCGAGGACCGCCUCCGCUGCGAGGCGUGCCUGUCCUACUGCCACGUCUUCUGCGCGCUGGAGAACCCGGACGCGGCCUGCCCGACGUGCGCGCUCGCGGCCCCGGCGCGCCCCGCGGGCGCGAAGCGCGUCGCCUCCGCGCGGGGCUUCCCCGUCUUCGCGCGGAGCGACGCGCGCUGCCGCGACGAGACCAUCGUCCGCGAGGUCGUCGGCGACGGCGCGUACGAGCGGCCGGCCAUGGGCUUCGAGGUCGUGCCCGGGGAGACGUGGCUCGACGUCGGCGCCCACAUCGGCGUCUUCUCGUCGCUCUGCCUCCAGGCGGGCGCGGACGUCGUCGCCGUCGAGCCCGACGCCGACAACUUCCGGCUGCUGCUCGCGAACGGCGCCGCGAACGCCGUCCACGACGCCGGCGCGGAGUUCAAGGCGCUCAACGUCGCCGUCACGGACCGGGACGAGUCGUCCACGACGCUCUACCGCCACCCGCGCGGCAUCGCGUUCCGCCACUCCACGGAGCGCCGGCUGAUCUCGCGCGAGCCCGACUGGCCGCGCGCGACCGUCGCCGCGACGUCGCUCCAGCGGCUCAUCGACGACCACGCCGUCGACGGCGUGAAGAUCGACGCCCAGGGCGCCGAGGUCGGCGCCGUCGAGAGCGUCACGGACUGGCGGCGCGUGCGGAAGCUCGUCCUCGAGUACGACUUCGAGUACCGGCCGUCGCUGCCCAAGUUCCACGCCUUCGUGAAGCGGCUCCGGACCCACUUCCCCCGCAUCUACCACUCCAAGCAGAAGAAGUCCGGCGACUUCUCGGGCUUCCCCAACGGCGUCCUCUCCGACGCUGAUGCUGCCAUGGGCGGCCUCUGCUCGAAGAAGGGCGCGGCCGUCGAGUCGAAGAAGGAGGACGAGAAGGAGCUGCGCCUCGACAACCGCAAGCGCAACUCGCUGGUCUUCGCCGUGACGGACUGGGUCGGCACGGACUUUGGCAAAGACGCCGAGUCCCUGGCGAUCCUGCUGUCGAAGCGCACGAAGGAGUCGAGCUCGAGCGGCGGCAACGACCCGCGCGGGUCGCGCGCGGCCAAGACCGCGGAGAGCAUCGCGCUGGGCAACUUCCGCGAGCUCCGCGAGAUUAUCAUCGGCCACUUCGCGCAGGUGAACAAGCGCUACGGCGCCUGGGACAACGACACGCUGCUCCACAUCGUCUGCCGCGAGGGCUACCUGCGCAUGGUCGAGUUCAUGGUCGACCCGAAGAACGUCAGCCAGUUCGACACGACGGAGAUCGACUUCAACGCGGAGAACAACAAGUGGCGCACGCCGCUCCACGUCGUCUUCACGCCGCCCCAGGAGACCUACUGCGCUCGGAAGAUCGGCGUCCACGACGACGGCCUCCCGAAGGGCGAGAAGCCCGAGGGCGUCACCAUCGACAGCGACUGGAUCCGGCCGGGCACGGAGCGGCACCGCAUGCAGGUCAUCGAGCUGCUCAUCGACAAGGGCGCGAACAUCCACCAGAUGGACUACCACGACCACAGUCCGCUCCACUACGCCUGCGUCUGGGGCUGGGUCGACACCGUGGAGCUGCUGCUGGAGAAGGGCGCGGACCCGCUCGAUGCCCUCGUGGGCCCGCGGGCGCCGCCGCGGCCGCCGCCGCGGACGGCGCGCCUCCGCGCCGCGCCGCCGCCGCCGUCCCUCGACGGCGCGCCGCCGCCGCCGUCCUUCGACGGCGCGCCGCCGGCGCCGCUCUACCUGCCGGGGAACGACGCGUUCCGCGGCCUGCCGUCGACGCCCGGCUGGCGCGCGGGCCGCUUCAACGAGCUCACGGACUGGGCGACGAACGAGGCGUCGAACCGACCCGUCGUCUGCGAGUACCGGCCCGACGGCGUCUGGCUCUGGACGAAGUGGCGCGGCACGGUGCUCGAGAUGACCAUCCUGCCCGUCGUCGUCACGAUGGCGCUCGGCGCGGCCGUCGACGGCGGCGCGCACGCGCUCGCGGCGUCGGCGUGGCCCUUCUGGGGCGUGCCGCCCAUGGCGCAGGCGCUGCCGGCGACCUCGCUGCCGGCGACCUUCAAGAUGACGCAGGCGCCGAACAACCCGCUGACGAUGACCAUGACGCAGGCGCCGAACAACCCGCUGACGAUGACCAUGGUCGCCCUGAAACCGCCGGCGCCGCCCGCGGAGCCGAAACCCCCCGCGGCGGCCUGCGCGGCGGCGGCGUCGCGCGUGUCGACGCCGGAGCCCGCGGCGCCGACGGCCGUCGUCACCGCCGGCAAGGACCGCGACGCCGUGCGCGCCUGCCUCGCGCGGUGCGUCGACGACGUCGCGGCGGCCGCCGCGCCGCGCGCGGCCGCGGCGCCGCGGCGCGCGGCCUCCGCGCCGCACGCGACGGCGCGGCUCGAGCUCGCGGCGGAGUUCCUGGGCGUCCUCGCGUCCAUCCCCGGCGGCGCCGCGCGCGAGGCCGCGUUCUCCGCGGCCAUCGCCGCCGUCGAGCGCGCCGUCGCGGACCCCUCCGCGCUCGCGUCGAGCCGCUACGACGACAUGGCCGUCGACCGGGCGCCGGCGCUCAACGAGACGGGCGCCGCGCGCGCCGUCGCGCCGUCGUGCGUCAAGGGCGCGCUGGCGCCGUCGAGCGCGCUGGUCCAGUUCUUCGCCGAGGGCCCCCUGGCCUUCGUGAAGCGCGUCGUCGCCGGCGGCCGCGGCGACGUCGAGCUCGAGUCGUUCUCGCGGGGCACGACGACGUGGGCCGAGUGCCUCGACGACGAGAAGCACGCGUUCACGCCGGCGACGCCCGCGGUGGACGCCGAGCUCCACGCGCUGCUCGAGGACGCGGCCCACGGCGGCCGGUCCGCCCGGGCCGGCCCGCGGCCCGAGCCGCCGUCGGGCGGCUCGUCGCCGCGGGGCGCGCCGCCCGACAAGCUCCCGUGCCUCGCGGGCCUGCCGAAGUUCGCGCGCGACGUCUACGACGCCUACGACGACGACGCCCAGUUCCUCGUGCUCCAGCCGGGGCCCGGCGGGGACCUGCGGCCCCACGUGGACUACCUCGCGUCGGGCGUGCUGUACAUGCUCCUCCACGGGCGGAAGCGGAUCUCGGUCUGGGCGCCGUCCGACGCGAACCUCGCGACGCUCGCGGACGGCUACGUCGAGGACCGGGACGUCGAGGCCGACCUCGGCGGGGACCGGUGGACCAUCGACGCCGAGGCGGGCGACGCGGUCUUCAUCCCGCCGGGCUGCCCGCACGUCGUCCGCAACGUCCGCGGCGGCUCCGUCGCCUGGGGCCUCAACGUCGUCGCGCCGGCGAGCCACGCGCUCAUCGAGGCCAUCCGCGACGGAAACCUGACCGACGAGCAGAAGAAGGUCUUCGCGCACCACUACUUCCCCGUCGUGCCGCCCGACGACGGCCACCUGGGGAAGAGCGACCAGGACACGCGCGUCGCCUUCGCGUGGCUCACGCAGCGCACGGCCAAAGCGCGGCCCGCGGCGCCGCCCGCGACGGACAAGACCAUCGCCAAGCGCACGGCGCGCGUCCGCAAGAGCACGGGCGAGCGCGUCUACCUCGUCGACGAGCCGCCGGCGAAGCGCAAGAAGCGCGCGAAACCAAGGGGCAUGUCCAACGCCAUCGAUGGUGGCGAGAUCGGCUGUGCCGGAUUUGCGGUCCUUUUUCGAGGAUAUUGUGCCGAGAUCGUCGAGUUAGAAAGAGCUUGCUUCACGCGAGCGUAG